CAUUUCUAAGAACAUUAUCUGUUGACUUGACAUCGAACAGAGGACGCCGUGAUUGUUCAAAUGUAGCGGAAGUGGUAGCAAGAUAACGGUACUGACGCAAUAACGCUUUUACACGAAAGCCAGUUUUCUUUCCAGUUACAGAGUUACGGUAGUGCUAGAACUGGAUCGAUCAUUUUCCUUCUUGGUGAAAGAAAAUCAGUUGCUAAGCUCAAGUUUAGUCAGACAAAUAGGUAGUUAAAGUGAUGAACUUUCAAAACUGCAUUAAUGAAAUUUACUGCCGUUUGUUAUCGUUGACAAUUUUACUAUAUCGGUCUACCUGGAAGCAUUUCAAGGGGGGCCUGAUUGGGCCUCCUAUUUUCCUGUUUGAUCUCAAUUUCUUCUGGUCCACUGAUGGGUACCAUUUGCAUAUAACAAGAAUAUUGUGCAGCACUGCUAUCAUCAUAGCCGUCAUUUACGGUGCUUGCUAGUAAGCUAUGUAAAAACUGUUUAUAUAUUAUAGUAUGAAAUCCCUUUAGCUGCCAGCGUGAAAAAAAAUUCUAUUUUGUUGAUUUUGGUAUAGUGACGCAAAAAUACAGACGUAUUCAAGGUUAACAGCCUCAAUUCCCGCGAUUUUAUUUUUUCAUUUUGCCUUCUAUAUAAUUUGCAAGGUAAGUUGGAUAUUCACUUUGUUCAAAACAAUUCAAACGAUAUGUACAACCACAUCAUUAUGUACGUUUCAUUGAGAGCUUUGUUAAAUUUGCGGGCUUUAACCAGAAGAAUAUUUUGGUUUUGGAAAUCCGUUUUAGGUUUAUAUGAACGCCCUGAAGGGUAAUAGUUAACUAACUUGAUUUCACUAUAAGACGUGAUGUUUGAAAAUACCAUGACAGGAAAAUUUGUCUCAGACAAAUCAAUCAUUCCAAAAUUCAAUGCGAAAGUGACGCUAAGAUUUAAAGAUAACUCCGGUAUACUAAACCACCGUGCUAUAGUUAGGCCAAAGAAAUAAGAGAUACGUGUAAUCGUCUUUUGGAAAAUUCGCAUGUUAGUCAUUCAUCGUAAUCCAUAAAACAGGAAAAAUAUAAAUAUCACGAACUCCGAUUUCUAAGCUAUGACAUCAUUCCAAUUCUUUUAUAAUCAAUGAAUGAAUGUAAAGUGCUAUACUAGGUUGCAUAAAUAUAUAAUCAAGAUGUCCUAUUUUAUACUGACCUACUUGAAUACAAAGCAGAAAUUACUUUAUACUAUUAUCUUUAUUAUUGAAAACCGCCGAUUAAAACGUGAUCGAAUCAUAUAUAAGUGUAUGUAAGAGCCAGACGACUUGAAACCUUCCAGUGACUGAUUCUCAGAAACCCGCGUGAUGAUUUGUAACGUUUGGAAUUCGACAAACGUAUUAUUAUUGAUAAGCGUUUCGUUAGUUGAGAGAUCGCUGCUUCGGGCGGUAUCUGUGUAAGGUACAGUUUGUUUGAAUUUGAAACUCGGGUUAACAUGGCGGCACGAUAAUUAAUGUCAAAGUGUCAAGACUGAUAAAUACCAUCUAAGCUCUGAUGAUUACGAUUUGCCCUUGAAUACUAUGGUAAUAUAUAUUUUUCAUAUAUAUUUAUAUUAUUAGAAACGAAGUGGACCUGUGGAUGUUUGGCCAAAUUCUUAUUGUCGUUCUUGUGAAAAAUGGUGUCCAUCUUUUUGUGCAUUGCCCUUUUGCAACGUACCAUUCUGCACUACAUUUUGUUUAUAGUCUGAGUUCGUCCAUUCGCUUACUUUUGAGUAAUUCCUGUUGCUUCUUAUUUUAGUGUUAUAAUUAAUAAUACUCCUGUCUUAUUCUUGUCCAAUUCUAGAAUGGAAUAUAAAUGAUGUUUCAACUGACUUCCAUUCACAAUGACAUACACUAAAAAGCUUAUGAUUCAAAUUGUUGUGGUCGCAUCUGUUUUUAUGGCUUCGACUUAUAUGAUUUCACAACGAAGAAAGUAUUUGGAAUCUCGAUUGGUAUAUUCAUCUAUUUUUGAUUUUGAUACUAACAAUGAGAUAGAUAAGAAAAGGACGAAUGAACCGCGAAUAACAUUCCAUGAGAGGGAAUUAUUGUGGAAAAAAUAUACUGUUAAUCGCCAUGUUGAAACCAGUAAGCGCGUUGCUGAUGUUAUAGGCCUGGGUGUGAAGAAAUGUGGAACGGGUGCACUUGUUCACUUCCUAGCGGAACAUCCUUUAAUUAAACUACCACGUAGAGUGGAAACCUUCUUCUUUGUCAAAAAACAUUUGCGAGGGAUAGAAUAUUACAAAAAGAUAAUGCCCCCGGUUGCAGAUGACGAACUGGCUAUGGAGAAGACUCCCCUUUAUUUUUACAUGGCGGAUAGGGUCAUCCCCUAUAUUAAAGAGCUUGCUCCGAACGCUAAACUCAUUUUAUGUCUUUGUAAUCCGACAAAAAGGGCCUUUUCUGACUAUGUACAUGGAUUAUUUGCAAAAAAUAAGGACAAAGACGGUGAAUUCUUCGCAGAACAGUUUGAAAAAUUGACGGAUAACGUCAUAGAAAGAAUAACACAAAAUACCAACAACGAAAACGAUGUCGCUGUAAAAGCCAAGACAGUUUGCAGAAGGAGCUCAAAAUCGUGCGUAGUAACAAAGGGAAUUUACCAUAACAACGCCCAGAAAUGGCUCAAAAACUUCAACAGCUCUCAACUUUUGAUUAUCAAUGGUGACGAAUGGAUCACAGAUCCAGGGAAUUUAAUAGAAGAAAUUGAAGAUUUUCUUGGUAUUCCUAAAUUAAUUUUGACAGAAGAUUUUGUUUUAUCACCGGAAAAUGGAUUUUAUUGUUUAAAUCGAUGGUGGAUCAAAGAGAAUAACAGUACUAUUGAAACUGAUGCCACUGAAUUUCCGGAUCAAAAAAACAAAAAUAUUUUUUGCCUUGGUAGUGGAAAAGGCAGAACGCGGAAUGGAGUACGGUCUAUGUUUCCGAAGACUUACGAAAAGUUACGAAAUUUUUAUAAAUCUCAUAAUACUUUACUUUAUAAUAUGUUAAACAAGACUAUGCCGUGGUGAAUUUUUUAUUGAUUUUUAAUUUAUUUUUGGUGUUUCUGAUUUCAUAAAUUUUCAAUAAAAACGAAUUACUACAUGAA